AUGCUCGAUUUUCGGAACAGUUUGCGGCAUUUGCAUAUUGAACUCAUUUUACACAAUUGCAGACCUACAGUAACCGUAAGCCGAUCCUCAAAAAUAGUGGCCCGCUUGCGUAGAUGGCUGGGUGAAAUAAACUGCCACGACAUGUUGAACCGAGAUAAUCCUCUGGUUGCUAUUGCUUCGGGGCAAUUUGCGUUGAGCAUCAUGCAGGUGAUGUUUAUGUUCUAUUACGUGAAAAUAUAUUUGAACAUCUUUCACGUUCCUCAAGUAUGGUUCAACAUUGCUCAAACAUUGUUCAUGUUUUGGAAUGCAAUUAACGACCCAUUGUUUGGUUAUAUGCAGGACAAGCCGGGAUCUUGGCUAAAUUCGCGAACUCGCGUGAUUCGCUCUUUCGCACCUUUCCUGGUUAUCUCGUUCGUGUUUAUGUGGGUGCCAUGGUCGGAGGGUUCAGCUCUUGAAGGCAUGCAUCUCAUCCUUUCGCUGUUUCUAUACGACGCAUUCUUCAGUGCCAUCGGGGUAGCCUGGGGAGCAUUGUUCGCGGAUUCAACCAAAGAACCUCGUCUUCGUGUUGCAGCCAUGAAGUAUAGUCAGAUUGCUAUACUCGCUUCAGUCAAUAUCAUCGCGAUUACCGAGAAACUCAGCCAUAGCCUCGAUAGAUUACUUGUAUUUCAAACAAUCACUGUUGUUGUGGCACUUGUUGCCCUUUAUUGCUUCAUGAUUGCUGGCUCUCUCCGUCCAUCGCUCCCUUUCAGUGCAGAAAAAGGAAGUCUUUUGGCUGAUGUGGAUGAUUUCACUACUCCAGCUCGAGGGAAGGAAAUGACUUCGAUGUGGGAUGCUACCAAAGAAAUAUUAUUGGAGAGGGAUUUCAUGGCUAUUAUCGGCUCCAACUUUAUUCAUACCGCGAGAAGCGUUUCCCACAUGAACUUUGCUUCCAUAGCUACUGAGCUACUCAUACCUCAAACAAUCUUACCAAAAGGUUCCAUUCGAUUGAGUUUAUUCUACGGUGUCCUAACACUUGGGCCUCAGAUAUUGCUGAUUUUGAACGAACGUCUCAUUAACAAAUGUGGAGCCUAUCGAAUUUUGAUGACCACCUAUGCUAUUUCCUUCUUUUCUGGAUUGACAUUCUUUUUUGCUAGUGAUCCAUACUUUAUCAUGAUUUUUAUGGUGAUCGACAGUAUAACGGUUCACUCCGCGGCACCGCUUUUCAACAUCAUUAUUUCGGACUUCAUAGAUGACGAUGCGAAACGACAUUCGCGCAAAUCAGGGCUAUCCUCACUGGUAUUUAGUUUGAAUGCAUUAGUUGUCAAACCUGCUCAGUCCAUAGCGCCGGUUGUCGUCGUAUAUAUCCUCAAUGCUUACGGGUACCAGAAUUAUGUUGACACCAAACAAUCGACAGCUGACCUUGCUUAUGAAACCUGA